CAAUCGUUACAACGAGUCUGUCUUGGCAUCGGCUACGCAACAAUUGCUCUUUUGCGUUUACGUCUCAUUGGCGAACGGAGGUCACUUCAGGAAGCUCCUUUUAUAUAUAGUAGUAAUGUUGUGGGCCGUCGGACUAGCAUUGUGCUUCGUUUGCAUCGCUGCUUUGGUGCGAUGGAGAAAGAAACAAUACAGCGUCUUCAAGGACAUGGACGUUCCCGGACCAGAACCGAACCUCCUUUGGGGCAACCUGUUCGAGUACGAGAACGGGCUUCGAGUUCCAGCCCUCACAAAGUGGUGCAAGAAAUACGGAGAUAUUUUCGGGAUCUACCUUGGUGACGUUCCCUUCCUUGUUGUGAAAGAUCUCGACAUACUGCAAAGCAUCUUCAUCAAGGACUUCAACAUUUUCACUGAUCGUGGCUACACCACGCCAACGGACGAGGAGCACCCGUUCCUUGGGAACAGCAUAAUCCAAGCAAAAGGGUCUCGGUGGAAGACGUUACGGACUUGCAUCACUCAAGGAUUUACAUCAAACAAACUGAAGCAGAUGAUUCCACACAUAAGUCACGCUGCUGAUAUGUUUAUCGACAUUCUAAGUGAGAAAGCUGACACUGGAAAGGAGUUCCCUAUGCUGAAAGCCUUCAGGGGCCUCUCCAUGGACUACGUGGGACGUGCAGCAUUUGGCAUCGAGAACACCUUUCAGAGAGACCUCGACCACCCUUUCUUGACGCAAGCCAUCGAGACCUUGCCUGGGAUUAUGCGUGGUUUUUUUCACAUCCUUACAUACUGCACUAGGACAUUGGGUACUUUUAUCUCCCCCAUUCUGUGGCUCCAUUCACAGUUGGGAUCGUUCACCUACGUCGACAUGAACAAGCAAACUGCAAAGGUCGUCGAGCUACGGAAGAAAAACCCCUCUCUGUGGAAAGCCGACCUUCUUCAGGGGCUCAUCGAUUCUGAAACCACUGACCAGGGAGACGACGAAGGUAGUCUGAGUCGUUCAAUAACACGCAUUUCAGCACGAAACAGCGGCAAGAAGUUGUCAGCCAACAACGGCAAGAAGUUGUCUACUGAUGAUGUAUGCCUUAACAGCACUAUACUCUUCGUCGCCGGGUUCGAAACGACAGCCACAGCACUGAGCUACGUGAUCUUCAACGUUGCCAAACACCCAGAUGUUCAAGAGAAGCUGCGUGCUGAAGUCCGUAAGGCUGUCGACGAAUCGGGAAACCUGGAUUUCAACAGUACCAUGGGCCUCAAAUACAUGAAACAGGUUUUCGACGAAACCUUGCGCAUGUACCCUCCAGGCGUCACGUUUACAACACGGAGAGCAUUAGAAGACGUCGAGUACAAGGGUCUGAAGAUCAAGGCAGGAACAUGCAUCAUGGCUCCCACGUAUCAGAUUCACAUGGAUCAGAGAUACUGGCCGGAUCCCGAGAGGUUCGAUCCCGAAAGGUUCAGUCCUGAAAACAGGGCGCAUCAACACCCAAUGGCAUACCAGGCAUUUGGCAUGGGACCGCGUAACUGCGUGGGAAUGCGUUUGGCCAUCCUGGAAAUCAUGUACACUGUUGCAAGGAUGCUGCUCAAGUUUCGGAUUGAACUUGGAGACUCCCAGGAGGGAAAAAUGAACAUGGGCUACUACGCCAUGGUAUCGGUUCCAGGCAACGACCUCUGGAUCAAGAUCUACAAGAUCUGAGUACAUGAGCACAAUCACUGCAAACAGAGGCAGGUGGCAGCAGUAUAAACGCAGGAGCUCAUACCAACAGAUUCUCAACAGAUUCUCAACUCAACCACUGAGCUUUGAAAAACGAACAAAAACAAAGAACAAUAAAACUCAAUAAAAAACAGGAAGAAACCGGGUAACCUGACCUGAGCAGCACUUCCAGCACAAUCGUA